CCCGGUUUCCGCUCUGCCUCUGCUUUCCGGAGCUCUGCCCCGCCCCGCUCUCGCUUGCCCUGUGUGUCCUUCUCCGGGAGAGCCUUCCGCUUCCUUCCGCAUCCCGCGUCUUUCCUCGCCCCUGCGCGGUGAGCCCAUGGUGGAGCGGGAGUGCGGGCCAGCAGGGGGCGCGCUGGCGGCGGAGCGCCGCUCUGCACGGCCGACUUCCGGCUCUCUGUGGCCAGACAGAUCGGGACUCUUCAUGGCGCGGUCGCGCCGGGCCCGGCGGGAGGGCGGCGGCGGAGCGGCGCUGCCCCGCUGAGGAGCCGCGGGCCUCCGACAUGGAGCCCGAGACGCUGGAGGCGCGCAUCAACAAAGCCACAAACCCCCUGAACAAGGACCUGGACUGGGACGGUAUCAAUGCGUUCUGUGAGCAGCUCAAUAAAGAGCUAGAGGGUCCUCCACUUGCCACCCGGCUUCUUGCCCACAAGAUCCAGUCUCCACAGGAAUGGGAAGCUAUCCAGGCCCUCACGGUGCUGGAGUCCUGCAUGAAGAGCUGUGGCAAACGCUUCCACGAUGAGGUGGGCAAGUUCCGCUUCCUCAAUGAGCUCAUCAAGGUGGUGUCCCCUAAGUAUCUUGGCAGCCGGACUUCAGAAAAAGUGAAGUCAAAGAUCCUGGAGCUGAUGUACAGCUGGACAUUAGGGCUGCCUCAUGAGGUGAAGAUAUCAGAAGCCUACCAGAUGCUGAAGAAGCAAGGGAUUGUGAAGUGUGACCCCAAACUUCCCGAUGAUGCUCCUUUUCCACCGCCUCCUCCUCGACCCAAGAACAUCAUCUUUGAUGAUGAAGAAAAAUCCAAGACGCUGGCUCGCCUCCUGAAAAGUUCCCAUCCUGAGGAUCUCCGGGCUGCCAACAAGCUCAUCAAGGAAAUGGUUCAGGAGGACCAAAAGCGCAUGGAGAAGAUCUCCAAGAGGGUGAAUGCCAUUGAGGAGGUGAACAACAACGUGAAGCUGCUGACAGAGAUGGUGACAAACUACAGCAAGGGGGAAACAACAGAAAGCAAUGAGGACCUAAUGAAGGAGCUGUAUCAGCGCUGUGAGCGCAUGAGGCCCAUGCUUUUCCGGCUCGCUAGUGACACAGAAGACAAUGAUGAAGCUCUAGCGGAGAUUCUGCAAGCCAAUGACAAUCUGACCCAGGUGAUCAAUCUCUACAAGCAGCUUGUUCGGGGAGAAGAGAUCAAUGGGGAGACAGUGGCAAGUCCUCUUCGAGGCAGCACUUCAGCACUUCUAGAUCUAUCUGGCCUGGAGCUUCCAGCAACAUGCCCUUCCUACCCAGCUUUGCCCACCCUUUCAGGUGGCUCAGCAGUCCCCGUGCCUGACCAAGCUGGCUCUGUCUCCUUGUUGGAUGAUGAACUCAUGUCUUUAGGCCUGAAUGACCCAGCACCACAUCCUGUCCAGGCUGGUGACAGCAGUGGCUGGAACAGCUUCCAGUCUUCAGACAGCAAUGAGCUCAGUAUCACCCCUAUCAUGGCAACACCACCAGUCAAAGCAGAUGCUGGUGCAUCCUCCCCCAAACCAUCUCCUAGCAGCAGUGGCCUCGAUGACCUGGACCUCCUGGGCAAGACACUGCUGCAGCAGUCUUUGCCUCCAGAAUCUCAACAAGUGCGAUGGGAGAAGCAGCAACCACCCCCUCGGCUCACCCUGAGGGACCUGCAGAACAGGAGCAAUUCUGGCACCGCAGCCCACAAUCCCAGUGCUCCGCCUGUGCUCCAGAAUAUUUCCCCUAACCCCACGCUGCCUAUGACCUCAGAGCUGCCUGCCCCUGCUACACUUCCAAAAGCUGCCACCACACCAGCAGGAAGUACUGCAGUCCCACCACGGGCUCCUGCCACUGCGCUGCCCCAGGAGAUCUCGCUGGCCAACAUCACUGUGCCUCUGGAGUCAAUCAAACCCAGCAGCAUCCUCCCUGUGACAGUGUAUGAUCAGCAUGGCUUCCGUGUCCUCUUCCACUUUGCUAAGGAUGCCCUGCCUGAGAGACCUGAUGUGCUUGUGGUGGUGAUUUCUAUGCUUAGCACGGCCCCGCAGCCCAUCCGCAAUAUUGUCUUUCAGUCUGCCGUCCCCAAGAUAAUGAAGGUGAAGCUACAGCCUCCCUCAGGCACAGAGCUGCCAGCGUUCAAUCCCAUCGUCCACCCCAGUGCCAUCACCCAAGUCCUGCUGCUCGCUAACCCACAGAAGGAGAAAGUGAGGCUACGGUACAAACUGACCUUCACCAUGGGAGAGCAAACCUACAAUGAAAUUGGAGAUGUGGACCAGUUUCCCCCACCAGAAUCCUGGGGAAACCUCUAGGGCCACAUGUUGCAGGCACUACACUGCAGAUUCCUUAGGAAGCCAACCCUGUGGGGCUGGAGCAGCCAGACAAAAUGGGAGGGUGGGUGGGGGCUGGUGCUCACGCUCUAUUCUCCAGAUGGCCGGGCAAGGGCCUGAGGGAGCAUGCCUCAAGGAGGAGAGCAGAGAUGCCAGGAGAUGUUCAUCUCACAAGACUAGAAGUGGAGUGGAAAGCUUCAUGUGUGUGAACAGUUGCCUUCCCUGCUCUUCUGAAGAUGACACUCCCUCCCCAGUCUGUCCAGCUUCUCUUCUAACCCUGCUUUCCUGCUUUAGGUGCAUAGGGGAACAAGGACAGGGAGCUUUAACAACCUCAGCCCAGGGCAAGGCCUAGCAAAAGAAGAUCCUUUUCCUUGUCUGCCCCCUCCACACUUCUCAGCCCUUCAGCUAUUUUGUGCUCUAUGGUGCUCUCUCUUGUCCCCCUUGCCCCCUCCUUGGAGCUGGGCCCCAGUGAUUCCAUCUGGUGGGAUCACACUGGAGCUGAUGAGGAACAAGGCUGGGCAGAGCCUAGGUGUCUCUCCAGCACCAGA